AUCUAUUCAGGUGCCUUUUCCAACGACAUUCCAUGGCACAUUUUCCCAGUGUCGCCCAUCGGGAAAUGUCACAAAAACCGUCCGCGUCCCAAAUUGCCCACCCAUGUGUCCAGCAUGUCCUCUAGAAACGUCGAGCUGCCCUUUUUUCCCCAAUUCGAAACCGAGCACGUUGGCGGAGGCGCCAUCCGGGUGACGUGGUUCGAGCCGAAAUUCUCCCAAAGUCACUACAACGUCCACAACCGGACCAGUGGGAGCAACGCGUGCACUCUGAUUGCCAUUCUGAUGGCUUCCAAGUGCCACGACUACAACGUUGUCAUCAAAUAUCCGCAAGAGAACCUGAACAUCAGACUGAUCCACUUGCUGGCCAUCAGCAUGCUUGAGGGCAACAAAAUCCACGAAGAGCUGAAGAAGAAGAAGGUGCUGAAGGACCUGAACUUGAACGUGCCGGAAGCCCUGAAGUACACGCAGGAGGAGACGUAUAAUUUGGUGGAGUGGAAAAGUUCGAUUUACAUGGAGCGUCUUUCGAGGUCUCUGUGCGAAAAUAUCCGGAGCAACUACAAAGAGUGGUUGAAGUUGAACAAAGAACCCAACGAAGACUUGUACGUGGUACUUAUUGCCGAUUCCAGGACGGUGCUGUUUCUUUUCCAGACCAAAACAGAUACUAUUAGUCUUGUCGAUUCUCAUCAACACUCUGUGGAACAGGGCGCUUUCGUUGCCAUCGCAAACCGAGACCAGCUGGGCCAUCUGUGUUUCUGGUUCAAAGAAGUGGUGAGGAAAUGCUACAACUCCGAUCCCAAGCUGUACGAAUUGUCAUUUUUGCACUUCAAACAGACCAAAAAAUAGCGAUUUUUGCCAACA